AUGAACAAAUCUGCAGAUCUUGAGAGCCACGGCUUGGUACCCACCGAAACAUCAGGCCAGACUGGGCAAAUGGCAAUUCUCUGCUGUGAUCGAAUUGCUGCUCCCUGGGGCCCCACUACGGCUGGGACAGAUACAGAAUGGCUUUUUCGAAAGGAGUUCGAGGUGAAGCCUGGCGCAUCUGGCACACUAUUCAUUACUGCUCAGGGAGUCUAUGAAGCAGAAAUCAAUGGUCAACGCGUGGGAGACCAUUUCAUGGCCCCAGGAUGGACAGCCUAUAGCUACAGAAUACCCUACCAAACAUACGAUAUUACACCCUGGUUAACUACAGGGAGAAAUUGUAUCGGUGUUCGUGUUGCUGAAGGCUGGUUCUGUGGACGCAUUGGCUUUGAAGGCGGCCAUCGAAACAUUUGGGGACCUCAUCCGGCUCUCAUGUGCCAGCUCGAAAUCCAAGCCCCAGAUAUCGUCAUUGAGACUGUAUCUACGGACAAUACUUGGUUAGUGACAAGAGGGCCUAUUCAACGCGCCGAGAUCUACAAUGGCGAAAAGUACGAUGCAACUCAAGAGGUUCCGUACUGGUCCACGAUUGCCCCUUGCGAAUUCACCGAUAUUUUCAAUCAUUGGUUACCCGUGUUGUGCAUGCCUCCACUGCCAAAGGAAAUUGUGCUCACGGCACACGGAGAACCUGUGAGACGAAUUGAGACAAUCAAACCACUUCAACAUAUUAUGUCCCCAUCUGGCAAAUCGAUCAUCGACUUUGGUCAGAAUCUGGUUGGAUACGUCAGGUUGAAGAACAUCAAAGGUCCUCGUGGUCACAAGAUCAUCUCAUCACAUGCCGAGGUCUUGGAAAAACAAGAGAUUUGCACAAGAACACUUCGCAUUUGUGAUUCUAUCGAUGAAUACAUUCUGAAAGGUGAUAAGAAUAGCGAGACCUAUGAGCCGCGGUUUACCUUCCACGGAUUUCGGUAUGCGCAGAUUGAAGGAUGGUCUAGCGACAUCAGUUUGAUGGAUUCGGUCGAGGCAGUUGUAUGUCACACAGACAUGAAGGAAAUCGGCUCCUUUUCAUGUUCCAAUAAAUUGCUCAAUCAGCUAUAUCAAAAUGUCCGCUGGGGAAUGAAGGGUAAUUUCUUUGGGGUGCCGACGGACUGUCCUCAGCGCGAUGAGCGAUUAGGCUGGUCUGGUGAUCUCGCUCUCUUUGCACCUACAGCGGUUCUAAUAUUCGAUUGCUACGAAUUUCUCAGAAACUGGCUUGUCGAUGUUUGGUAUGACCAGAAGGACCUAGAUGGUGUCCCGGCAAUGGUCACCCCUAACGCAACACUUCCAGACCCCGUCUGGUGUCGCAGGAAGCCCUGCGCUAUCUGGCAUGAUGUCACCAUUCUUGCGCCUUGGGCACUUUACGAAGAGACUGGAAAAAUCGAGGUCCUAGAGCAACAGUACGAGAGUAUGCAGACAUGGGUAAACAAGAUACCCAGAAGAAAAGAGGGUUCUAGUCAUCUCUGGGAUACUACCAUUUUCCAGCUUGGGGAUUGGCUAGAUCCAGAUGCUCCUCCGGAUGCACCUUGGAAGGGCAAAACCGACGCACAACUCGUGGCGAAUGCAUUUUUGAUUCAUAGCCUUGGACUCAUGGUUCACAUCGCCCAUCUUCUUCACAGAGAAAAAGAUAUGUUGAAUUUUAAGAAGGAUGCUGAAGCGACCCGAGAAGAAUUCCAUAAGGAGUAUGUCACCGCGAACGGUCGCCUGGUAUCUGAUAGCCAGGCAGCCUAUUCCAUCGCGAUUUGCUUUGGUCUCUUGACACCACUGCAGCAAGAGCGAGCGGGGGAACGCCUUGUCUACCUUGUGAGGAGUAACAAUUUUCGAAUCGGAACAGGUUUUGCUGGAACCCCAUUCCUGUGCGAAGCUCUUGCCUUGACGGGCAAUAUUCAAGUUGCGUAUGCAAUGCUUCUUGAGCAGAGUUGUCCUUCUUGGUUAUAUCCGGUGACCAUGGGGGCUACUACAAUGUGGGAACGAUGGGAUAGUAUGUUACCGGAUGGGUCUAUCAACCCUGGGGAAAUGACUUCUUUCAAUCAUUAUGCAUUUGGGUCCAUCGCCAAGUUCUUGUAUGAAAGAGUCGCAGGCUUGCAAAGACUGGAUCCUGGAUGGAAGAAGUUCCGCUUUGCACCAAGCAUAGGGGCUGAUAUUCAACAUGUUUCAGCUACCCAUGAUACCCCAGACGGUCGCAUUUCUUGUUCUUGGAGGACAACUACUAGAUUCGACAAGCAAACUCGCCUAGAGACAAUGGUCACCGUUCCAAACGGUAUGGUAUGCGAGGUUAUUUUGCCCAAUGGGUGCCAAGACUUGCGGAAGACUGUUGCGCAUGGAGAGUGGAAAUUCGAAACUACCUUUGUUCGAGUCUACGAGUGGCCCCUCAAGCCUUUGCCUGCUAAGUCAUGA